UAUGGUAAUCAAUGCAGAGAAAGAACUAGAGAAUGCAACACUGGAGCAAGGGAGGCCAGUGAGGCUCCUGGGGACAACAGUCUGGCAACAGAUUUGUGAGGCUUGAAUUAGGGUGGUGACAGCAGAGAUGGAGGACACACAUAUGAAAUACAUUAGGAAGUAAAAUCAGUAGGAAUCAAUAACUGGUGGGAUAUUGUGGGAGAAAGAAAGGGGGACAUAGUCAAGGAUGAUGGUCAACACUGACUGGCCAUCCAUCUCACCCUUGCUCAGGAUGUUUAAGGUAAACCUGUCAUCAGAUUCCAAGGAGGCAGCAGUCAUUGAAUCUAAAAGAAAUCGAGAAAAGGAACGGCAGAGCCGAUUCUUCAAUGUGCGGAACCGAGUCAUGGGGGUGGAUGCUGAAGCACUGAACAGCCAGGUGGAAGAUCGAAAACUUCGGGAAGCAACCGAGAGGAGCAGGGAGGCAGCUUAUGGUACCAGCCAGGUGCAGUAUGAUUUGGUAGCCCAGAUGCUCGAGAAGGAACAGGCAGAAUGCACACGUCGACUAGCUAAGAAAGUCCAGGAAUUUCGGAAGCAGAAGCAGCAACUUAAGAACAGACGUGAAUUUGACCUCUGGGAUCCAGACCAACUCUGGAAGGAGUUUCCAGCUCGCCUCAAUGACAACGAUCCCCACUGUGGCCCAGCCAGCCUGCAGUGCUUCUCUGGGGAGGACCUGGACAGGACCACAUGCCUGAGAAUGCAGCAGGACCAGUUGAGAUACAACCUGGAAAGGCAGCUGCAUGAGCAACAGCAAGCCAGGGCUGAGGAAAAGUGUUCAGGUAAGCAGCUGGGCCCUCCAGACUCAGAGAACCUGAGGCCUGGCAGGGAGUUGUCCUGAGCCAAGUACAGCACCCAGGAGACCACAGUUCAGUUGGGAGGUCCAGUUCCUCACGGGGCUGAUGCUGAAAGGUUAGACUGUGCAGACCCCAACCUCUCUGACUUCCGUAAGUAACUGACAGUGUGGUCAUUGUUCCCCAAUUUGCCUGGCAUUCCAUUACCUGCAGGCAACACGCUGCAGACACACCUAAUGGCUCUGCCACGCAAUAGCUGGUUUGAGCAAAUUCAUUUCCUCUCUGUGCUUUAGUUUUCUCAUCAUUAAAAU